AGAGGGGCGGCACUGGAGAGGCUGCUCAUUUUGGGGGAGAGACACACCGUACAGCUGGUCUCACAGAACCUCAGCCUGGCUGAGACCCGGUGGUUUCUAACCAGUUCAGUCCCAGUGUCACCAGCCAGCAGGACAUCACCUGGAUUUCUGAAAAUUUUACUACCAGUUUUGACGCAAGAGUUCACUUAAGAGCAACAGGAAUCGUGAGGAGUGUACUUCUCCAGAGCUUUGGGAUGCUGGCUCCCAGCGCGCUACGCUCCUUGCUGUGCGCACUGAGCUGCGCGUGCUGGCUUCGCUCCGGAGCCGCCUCGCGCCUCAAAUCUCCAGCUCUGCCUAUCCAGUCCGAGAGAGACCCGCUUCCGUCCAAAGGCUCAUCAGGAUGCUCAUUUGGAGGUCGUUUUUACUCCCUGGAGGACACGUGGCACCCAGAUCUGGGAGAGCCCUUCGGAGUCAUGCAUUGUGUUCAGUGCCACUGUGAGCCUCAGCAAAAGACUCGUCGUGGUAAAGUGUUGGGGAAGGUUAACUGCAGGAACAUCAAGCAGGACUGUCUGGUUCUGGACUGCACCAACCCCAUCCUGCUGCCAGGACACUGCUGUAAAACCUGUCCAAAAGAUGAUCAUAAACAGCCCGACCCUCUGCUGGACAGCUUAGAGUAUUUCCAAGAGAAAGGCAAAGAGGACGACCUGCACAAGUCGUACAAUGACAGGUCCUACCUGAGCUCCGAGGACACAGUUCUGGGGGAGAGCCGUACCGACUUUGUAGCGUUGUUAACAGGAGUGACGGACUCUUGGCUUCCCACGUCCGGUGGUGUUGCCAGAACCCGUCUUUCCCUGACCAGAACCAGCCUGACCUUCUCCGUCACAUACCAGCGAAUGGGCCGUCCCAGUAAAAUAGUCUUCCUGGACUCCGAUGGGAUGACUGUUUUUGAAUAUAAAGUCCCCAAAGGACAGUCAGACAUGAUAUGCGGUGCGUGGAAGAACGUCCCGAAGCCUCUCCUGCGGCAGCUGCAGGAGGAGCAGAUGCACAUCCGCAUGGCCACCUCUGCGAGCCGACGGGAGGAGGUGGAGGGGAAGGUUGUGAAGCACCGGGCGCUGUUUGCUGAGACUUUCAGCUCAAUGCUGACAUCUGGGGAGGAGAACUCUGGCAUGGGGGGCAUCGCCAUGCUGACGCUGAGCGACAGCGAGAACAACCUUCACUUCAUCCUCAUCCUGCAGGGACUGAUCCGACACAAGCACAAAGAGCCCAUUUUAGUGCCUAUCCAGGUCCAGCUGAUGUACCGCCAGCAUAUCCUGAGAGAGAUCCGAGCCAACAUCACCUCUAAUGAUCCAGACUUUGCCGAGGUGCUGACAGACCUGAACAGCCGCGAGCUGUUCUGGCUAUCACGGGGUCAGCUGGAGAUCGCCGUAGCGACCGAGGGUCAGAAUCCCAGACAAAUCCGAGGCUUCAUCACCAGCAGGAAAUCUUGUGACACUCUACAGAGUGUGAUGUCCAGUGGCGAUGCCCUAACCCCAGGGAAGACAGGAGGCGUGGGAUCAGCUGUCUUCAACCUCCAUGACAAUGGAACACUGGACUACCAGGUUCAAGUUGCGGGUCUCACCAGCGACGUCGUCGGCCUCACCAUAGAACUGAAGCCUCGGCGCCGACACAAGCGCUCGGUCCUCUACGAUUUGACUGCAGAGUACAUCAAAGCCUCCAGGUGGGCGGUGGGCAGCUGGAGUCGUCUAGAAGCUCGACACAUCCACAUGCUGCUGCAGAACGAACUCUUCAUUAAUGUGGCCACGGCACACAACCAGGAAGGGGAGCUCAGGGGCCAGAUCAAGGCUCUGCCAUAUAAUGGCAUUGAGGCACCUAGAAAUGAGCUACCAACCCCACUAGCUGGUCACUUUGUGUCCCCACCAGUGAGAACUGGUUCCUCCGGGCACGCCUGGGUGUCCGUGGAUAAACAGUGUCACCUGCACUAUGAGAUCAUAGUCGCAGGUCUCAGUAAGACAGACGACGCGACUGUGAACGCCCACCUACACGGGCUGGCUGAGAUCGGAGAGCUGGGCAACAGCAGCGCCUCACACAGAAGGCUGCUGACGGGCUUCUACGGCUCACAGGCUCAGGACGUUUUAAAGGACCUGAGUGUUGAACUGCUGCAACACCUGGACCAGGGAACAGCCUUCCUCCAGAUCAGCACCAAGAUGAAUCCUCAGGGAGAAAUCCGAGGACGGGUCCACGUUCCAAACAGAUGCAUGUCUGGAGCUGGAGCUGGAGCGGAGGUGGAGGAGGUUGAGUUUGACGACGUUUUGCUGAAGGACCCAGAGGAGCUAAAGAAAGAUCCUCAUACAUGCUUCUUUGAAAACCAGCACCAGGCCCACGGCUCCCGCUGGACUCCCAACUAUGACAAGUGUUUCACCUGCGGCUGUCAGAAGCGAACAGUGAUCUGUGAUCCAGUCAUCUGUCCGGUGUUGACUUGUUCCAGAACCGUUCAGCCUGAAAACAAGUGCUGUCCCGUCUGUGAUGAAAGGAGAGAACCCAAGGACAUGAAAGUCCCUGAAUGGGUAGAAGAACACCCUGAAGGGUGCUACUUUGAAGGAGACCAGAAGAUGCACGCCCCAGGAACCACAUGGCAUCCCUUUGUUCCUCCUUUCGGCUACAUUAAAUGUGCUGUCUGCACCUGUAAGGGAUCUACAGGGGAGGUGCACUGUGAGAAGGUGACGUGUCCUGUGCUGACCUGCAGCCACCCUGUGAGACGGAGUCCCUCUGACUGCUGUAAGGAGUGUCCAGAGGAGGAGAGGACGCCUGCAGGCCUGCAGCACAGUGACAUGAUGCAGGCAGACGGGCCGCGACACUGCAAAUUUGGCAAGAACUAUUACCAGAACAGUGACAGCUGGCAUCCUUGGGUUCCUCUGGUGGGAGAGAUGAAGUGCAUCAACUGCUGGUGCGAUCACGGGGUGACCAAAUGUCAGAGGAAGCAGUGUCCAGUCCUGGCCUGCUCAAACAUAACGCGUACGGAGAAUUCCUGCUGUCCUGAAUGUGCUGGAACCAAAGAGGAAGAUGGCCAGAUGACAAACACACCAGACAAGCAAAGGCAAAGGUCAUGGAGGCCCUGAUGCCUCGGAACGCUCUCACUCCUGAGACACCUCCCCCUCACCCCUUCCUUGGCCAAUCAGCUCCUUCCUCACCAAACCGCGCAGAUGUGAUCUCAAAACUGCACACUACAUCCCCGACCCCCACCACAACCCACACGAUUAUCAGCUUCAAGAAUGUAAUGAGGAGAGUGAAACACAGACGGGGAGUCACGAAGGAAAUGGAAGACUCUUCUGCUACUUUCAGCAUUCGAUGGGAUUUAUCGGUGCUCAGAACGUCACAGAAGCUCAACGGGAUGCUGGAAAUCCACAAAAGCAGCCAAAAGGACUGAAAUCUAGAGUUUGAGCAGCAAUUGUUGGAAAGAUGAAGUGAUUGGGGAGUGACAGAGCUUCUUUUUGAAGCACAGCCUCAAACGGACACAUUGAGGGCUGCUCCUGUCUGGAGCGAUGCAGGUUUCUAUGUGUGUGAUUUUAUUUUUUGAUAACGAUUAGGAUGCAUUUCUCCCUGUCUCUUCAGCCAGCCUGCAGCUCACACAUGGGAGAGGACUUUGAAACGUCCCGUCCUGUUUGGGUUGUGAUUUAUUAGCAUUUUUUUACGAUCAUUUUUCAUCUUUGUGAACUAUAAAAGCAGGUUUGUAUUUAUUGAAUAUUGUCGAAACAAAAAUAAAAGGAUGUUUGUUGAUAGAAGAUGGAACGUUUGCAAAUUUUUC